UCUCUCUCUCUCUCUCUCUAUGUCGCGGAGAUAAGCGCACACGGAAUGUUGCAGAAACCUUCUUUUCUGGGAACCUGGAAGAACAGUCGCUGGGGAAAGAGCUUCAAGCCCUUUACAACCCUUUACCUGCCUCCGGAAACCCCUCGCAACCGCAUCGUUUCCACCAACAUUUCCAUCACAAAGUAUUGCAAAAUUGGCCAACUAGACAUUGCUCGCAAACUGUUUGAUGAGAUGCCGGAACGAACUGUUGUUUCAUGGAACACCAUGGUUUCUGGCUACUCCAAAUGUGGAAAAUACGAUGAAGCUCUGAAACUAGCUUCAAAUAUGCAUCAUAGCAAUAUGAAGCUCAACGAGACCACUUUUUCUACUAUACUAAGUGCGUGCGCACAUUCGGUAUCGGUGUGCGAGGGAAAAGAGCUUCAUUGUUUGGUUUUAAAAUCUGGGUUUGAGAGAUCUCAGCUUUUGAGUAGUGCAUUGCUGUACUUUUACGCGAACUGUAUUGAGAUUGAAGGAGCUAAGCGGGUGUUUGACGAGUUGCGUGAUGAAAAUGAGUUGUUGUGGAGUUUGAUGCUAGUAGGGUAUGUGCGAUGUAACUUAAUGAGUGAGGCUUUGGACGUGUUUAAAAGGAUGCCAUCCCGGGAUGUUGUGGCAUGGACUACGUUGAUUUCUGGAUAUAUGAGGAGGGAGGAUGGAUGUGAAAGAGCUUUGGAGUUGUUUAGGAAGAUGAGAAGGAGUAGUGAGGUGAUGCCUAAUGAGUUUACAUUGGAUUGCGUUAUAAGGGCUUGUGGGAGAUUAGGAAGCCUACGUGAAGGGAGGAUUGUCCAUGGGCUUUUGAUCAAAUACGGGUUUGAAUUUGAUCAGUCGAUUGGUGGCGCGUUGAUUGAAUUUUAUUGUGGUUGUGAAGCUAUUGAGGAUGCCAGGAUAGUUUAUGAUAGGAUUAGAAACCCAUGUUUAAAUGCUUCCCAUUCGCUUAUUGAUGGGCAUAUGUUGAUGGGUAGGAUUGAAGAUGCUGAGCUGAUUUUUAAUAGACUGAUUGAAAAGAAUCCAAUCUCAUAUAAUUUGAUGAUUAAAGGUUAUGCAAUGAGCGGUCAAGUCAAGGAAUCAGAAAGAUUGUUUAAGAAAAUGACCCAAAGAACUAUAUUUUCUUUUAAUACUAUGAUUACUGUGUAUUCUAGGAACGGAGAAAUUGAUAAAGCUUUGGAGCUGUUUGAAGAAACCAAAGGGGAGAGAAACCCAGUGACAUGGAAUUCAAUGAUGUCAGGUUAUAUUCAAAACCAUCAGUAUAAAGAGGCUUUCAAACUCUAUGUGACCAUGCACAUAUUAUCAAUAGACCGUACUAGAUCAACAUUCUCUGCUCUAUUUCAUGCCUGUACAUGCCUUGGAUCUCUUCAACUAGGACAACUACUUCACGCCCACCUGAUUAAAACACCAUUUGAAUCGAAUGCUUAUGUUGGAACAUCUCUUGUAGACAUGUACUCCAAAUGCGGGAGCAUCCAUGAUGCUCAAAAAUCAUUUUGUAGUAUCUCUUCACCCAAUGUGGCGGCUUGGACAGCUCUUAUUAAUGGAUAUGCACAUCAUGGAAUUGGCUCUGAAGCAAUUUUACUGUUUGGAGAUAUGUUAAAGCACGGAGUUGUUCCUAAUGGAGCUACCUUCAUUGGGAUUCUGUCUGCUUGUGGUCGUGUUGGUCUAGUCAAUGAAGGGAUGAGAAUUUUCCACUCAAUGGAAAAAUUUUAUGGAGUAACCCCAACUAUAGAACACUACACAUGUGCGGUGGAUCUUCUUGGUCGCUCAGGCCAUCUACAAGAAGCUGAGGAGUUUAUAAAACAGAUGCCUGUUGAUGCAGAUGGGAUUGUCUGGGGAGCUUUGCUUAGUGCCUGUUGGUUCUGGAUGGACGUGGAGAUGAGUGGGAGAGUCGCUGAGAAGAUGUUCAGUUUGGAUCCUCAGCCAAUAUCUGCUUAUGUUAUUAUGUCUAACAUGUAUUCUAUAUUGGGAAAAUGGGGGGAAAAGCUCAAUUUGAGGAAGAGAUUAACGGACAUAGGGGUCAAAAAGGCUCCCGGGUGUAGUUGGAUUGAGAUGGACAGCAGAGUUCAUGUGUUCUCUGUAGAAGAUAAAACCCAUCCUCAUUGUAAUGACAUUUAUGCAACUUUGGAACAUCUAACAUCGAAUAUAAGUUCCAUUGUUCAAUUUGAUUUUUAUUUUGAUUCCAGACAAAUAGUGGAAGGCUAGUUACUUUAAUAGCAACAUAUUC